AUGCAUCUCCUCUCCGAGGUCGAUAUUAGCUAUGUUCCCCCACCGUCCUUCCUUGUCGGCGUCACACCCUGCCACACACGCUUCCCCUCGUCGACGUCGCCGUCCCCCACGCUUCCCCCCACCGUCGCCCGCGCUUCUUCCCGCUGUCGAUCACACUUCACUCCGUCGUUGACCACGCUCUUCCUCCCGUCACCCACGCUUCCCCCCACUGUCGCUUACGCUCCCACCCACCGUCGCUUUUACACUUUCCCCCACCGUCGCCCUCGCUUUCCGCAACCGUCGCUCACGCUUUCCCUUACCGCUGCUCACGCUCCCUCCUGCCUUCCCCCACGCUUCCCCACACCGUCGCUCGCGCCCUCCCCCACCUUCCCUCACGCUUUCCCGCACAUCACCCACGCUUUCCCCCACCGUCGCGCUCGCUUCCUCCCACCGUCGCCCACGCUUUCCCCCACCGUCGCGCUCGCUUCCUCCCACCGUCGCCCACGCUUUCCCCCACCGUCGCGCUCGCUUCCUCCCACCGUCGCCCACGCUUUCCCCCACCGUCGCCCACGCUUCAUCUCACCGUCGCCCACGCUUCCUCUCACCGUCGCCCACGCUUUCCCCACCGUCGCCCACGCUUCCUCUCACCGUCGCCCACGCUUCCCCUCACUGUCGCCCAUGGCAGGUGGUGGUGCGGCUUUGGAGCAGAGUGUUGGGCGCACAGCCAGGGCAGCGCGUGCAGGCGGGCAGCAAGGAGUGCAGUGCUGCAGGGGGCUGUCGUCCUCCUCUCCCUCUCUCUUCCUCCCUUCCUCCAUCUAUCCCACACUCUCUGCCUCACUACCCUCUUUCCCCUUUCUGUUGCCCGUUCUCCCUCCCUUCCUCCCGCCCUCCCUUCCUGCCAUUCUCCCUCUCCUCAUCCUCCCUCGAUCCAGUCCCCCUUUCCCUUUCCAUCUCCCUCUCGCCCACUCCCUUCCUCACGCCAACCCUGCUCCUCCGUUCCACCCAUCCUCUCAUCCGCCCAUCCUCUCAUCCGCCCAUCCUCACUCCGUCGCCCUCACUGCCUCCCACUCUCCCUACACUCCCUCCCACCGUCACCCACGCUCCCCCCACACCCUUGUACCCUUCUUUCGUUCUCUCUGA